UUGGACCACAGUACAGUCAGCUUGCUGUUCUUUCAGCGAGUAAAAACGCUGAAAUAUGCUUCCAAUCGGAGCCUAUCGUGUUACAUUUUUGUUUUGACAGAAAUAAAAAUUUAGCAGACACUCGCAUAGGCUCGGUGACCGUCGGUAAAGCCCAGGUUAUAGCCGGGAGGAGCUGAGUUUGGACCCGGAGCGGCGAUGUGAGCGAACCGCUGAUGCUACGUGUACAGUUAGCUGCGGAAGCUAACGGACCGGAGGAGGAUUUAAAUCUGAGCAGAUGAUAAGCAGCUGUACGGCGGCAGCAGAGCGGGGCACAGAGCCGAGGGCCGGCAUGGAGCACAGUCUGGUCUCCGUCAACACUUACAAAUGAGGAAAGAUGGAGGAGAAAAGCCUGUAAUAACCAAGCUAUAAUUUAUAACAACAAGAAGGAGAGGAGAGAAGCUGGUCCGACUUUACAGCGAGUCCGGCAACAUGAUGUAUUCAUCCAGGAGGAAACCCGUGCUCUACUUCAAAGAGGACAGGAGGUACCUGUCCGGUAAAUGCACCGUCUACAAGCUGUUCGGGCUGUGCAUGGUGCUGGUCCUCGUCUCUCUGCUCUGGCUGCAGCUCAGCUGUUCAGGUGACAUGUCUGCGACGCACGGAGAACGAUGCAUGCCCCAACAGCCGGCGCCACCCUGCCCGGCCAGCGGUCAGGCGUUCGUGGUGGACGACCUGUCUUGGGGGCCUCACAAACUGGCCGUCGUAGUUCCCUUCAGAGAGCGCUUUGAGGAGCUGCUGGUGUUCGUUCCCUUCAUUCACGCGUUCCUCAACAAGAAUAAGAUCCGCCACAAGAUCCUCAUCAUCAACCAGGUGGAUCACUACAGAUUUAAUCGGGCAUCUCUGAUCAACGUGGGCUACACGGAGAGUGGUAACGACACCGACUACCUGGCCAUGCACGAUGUGGACCUGCUGCCCCUGAACGACGCUCUAGAUUACGGCUUCCCAGAGAAAGGGCCGUUCCACGUGGCCUCACCAGAGCUUCACCCCCUCUACCAUUACAAAACCUACGUAGGAGGAAUCCUGCUGCUUACCAAGAAGCAUUACCACAUGUGUAACGGGAUGUCAAACCGGUUCUGGGGUUGGGGCAGAGAGGACGACGAGUUCUACAGACGGUUGAGAAAAGCAGAGUUACAGCUGUUCAGACCGAGCGGCAUCACCACAGGAUAUAAAACCUUCCUGCACGUCCAUGACCCAGGCUGGAGGAAGAGGGACCAGAAACGAGUCGCUGCUCAGAAGCAGGAGCAGUUUAAGGUGGAUCCGGAGGGGGGUCUGACUAACCUCCAUUAUGAGGUGGAGUCCCGACAGGAGCUGACCAUCAGCGGCGCCCCCUGCACUGUCAUCAACACCAAACUGGAAUGCGACCAGAACCAGACGCCCUGGUGUCUUCUGGGAUAGCGGGCAGCUGGUUUGAGGACAGCGGUUCCUGUUUCUGACUCUUUUACGGAUAAAUCUGCAGCUGGAGCGUCCAAACAAAUGUUUAAUUUACUCUUUGAGGUACAUCUCCACAUGAAAACUGCUGUAUUAGUAACAAUAAUUAAUAACAAAUGAUCCGAAGAUGGUUUGUCGGCGUCUGACCUCUGACCUCAGCAGCCUGGACGGAUCCAGUUCAGGACUCAUGUUUUUCUGCUCUUCCUGGUACCUGCUGGCACGGCGUGAACGCAGACCUGCAGCCUGUUUUUUAGCUUUUAGACUCAGCUCGGGGCCGUGCAAAUACAUGCAGAGAGCGCUGCACACUUCUCCGGGCGUCACGAGUGUCCGUUACUCCUGUAUCAUGUGAGCGUCACAGGACUGAUUUUUUUUCUUUUUACCCACGAUGGAGGUAAAGAUGGAAUAAAAACUCAUCAGUCAGUGAAGUGAAAGUGUUUUUAUUGUCCUGCUGAAAUUGAGUCAUUCCUUCAUGUAUUUUGUUUUUUUGUUUUCUUUUUAGGGAAGACUUUGGUCAAAAUGGACGCUUGUAGGAGUGUUGGGGUCACUGUAUGCUGAUUUUACAUUUCAGAAAUAAACUCUCUGUUUCAACCCA